CCUUGCGUUUGGUAAAACACGUAGCCCUUUCCUUUCUUCCAUUUUUCUUUUCUUCUUCCCCUUCUUUCUCCCACGCCGUUGUCGCCGCUCCCCUGCAUAUUGCUUUACAUCAGAGAGAAAGAGGGGGAAAGAACGAGAAACACUGUGUGCGGCUAAGAUGGUGGCGAUUUUGGGGCUUAGCCGACAGAGUGGCUCAAGAAAGGUGAGAAAUUGGCGAGCCGAGCCGAGUGCUCGAUAAGACACUCGGCUUGCCUAGAAGACUUGCUCGAGCUUGUGAACAGUACAUACGAGCCGAUCUUGAACUCCUCCAACUCGCCCGAUCAACGCACUUGGAGUAUUUCUAAAAUAGCCUAUAAAUGAUAGCCAAAGUUAAACCUGAUCAAACCUGAAAACCAGAGACAGAGAGAGAUGGCAGAAUUGUUCCUUAAUCAGGCGGAGAAUUAUGCAGACGGCCGGCCAAUUUACCCUCAAGAACUGUUUCAAUUCAUUGCUUCCAAGACACCCUCUCAAGACCUUGCGUGGGAUGCCGGCACCGGAAACGGCCAGGCUGCUCGAUCUUUAGCUGAGAUGUACAAGAAUGUGAUAGCCACAGAUACAAGCCCAAAACAGCUCUCAUUGGCACCGAGGCUACCCAAUAUAAGAUACCAACAAACUCCUCCCACCAUGUCUAUAGCCGAGGUUGAAAGAAAUGUUGCUGCCGAAUCAAGCAUCGAUGUUGUGACUAUUGCUGUGGCCCUCCACUGGUUCGACCUUCCUAAUUUCUAUCAACAAGUGAAAUGGGUGCUCAAAAAACCCCAUGGUGUCAUUGCUGCAUGGACCUACUUCAUCCCACAAGUCAAUGACUCGGUCGACGCAGUCCUCCAUCGCUAUUACAAAACUGUUGAUCCCUAUUUGGAGCCGCCCGUUAAAUUAGUAGAGGACAAGUAUAGAAGCAUCGAUUUUCCAUUUGAGCCGGUGGAUGGAGUUGAUCACACUGGGCCAUUUCAGUUUGAGACUGAAAAAUUGAUGGAUUUGGAUCAUUAUUUCACCUACUUAAGAUCAUGGUCAGGGUAUCAAACGGCGAGGGAGAAGGGUGUGGAGCCUUUGAGCGAUGGUGUUGUUGAGGAAUUUAAGCAUGCUUGGAGUACUGAAGAUGGACAAGACCAGAAGACUGUCAAGUUUCCAAUUUCUUUGAGGAUUGGACGAGUGGGGAAUUUGUAGAAUCAAUGCGUAAGAAAUUCUCUAGGAUAUUAAAGUGUGGCCUAUAUAUGUCACAUGUAUUUAUUGUGGUUUAAAUUCAACAUAAUAAAACACUGCGUUUCCUAAUA